CAUGUCCUUGGACUGGAAGCGUGAUGCGACGGAACUGCUGAUCAAGGCGUACAAGAAGUAUCCGGUGCUGUACGAUAUGCGUCAUCCGCGCUAUUACAACAAAAGUGUCCGUGGGAAUGCGCUGCAGGAGAUUGUAUCGGAUGUGCGCCAGCUGCAACCGGAAACGACGAUGAAAGAUGUCGUACGGAAGAUACAGACGCUCCGAACACAGUUCGGUCAGGAGUUGACGAAGAUACGCCGGCACGCGCAGAACGGUUCAGAGUAUCGGCCAACGGUCUGGUGGUAUCAGGGACUUAUCUUCCUGCAGCACCACAUCAAACCGCGCUCCGUUGGCAGCUGUUCCAUUAACCUUUCGCAGGGAGACAUCGAUGGCUGGAAGCAGGAACCGGAUGACAAUAGCAGCACGUUUAACGUCUCGAUCGUACGUAAUGGAAGUUCGGCGUCACCGAGCGAACUGCACGGUGGCGAUUCGGAGCAUUCCGAGGAAGAGAUUGAGUAUGAAACGGAGGUACACUACGAAAUCAAUUCGAUCGACAUGAAGGACAUGAAGGCACUGGAACUGAGGCCCUGUCUUCCGGUAGCUUCUUCCGGACUGAAGCGUGAAAAUCGGUUUCCGGAUCGUAAGUUUGACGAUCGGAAGGUGGCACGUAUGACGACCGCGGAUGCGGACGAUCAACAGUCACACAAGAACCCACUGUCACCUACACCACCACCAUCAGCAUCAUCUGUUGAACAUAGUGAUGAGGUGGUAGUUCCGGAGCAAAGUACUGCGUCGGGUAUGGUGGCUGACUUGAAACCACCGAAAGCACUCGCCAAUAGCAGUCGGGACGAGCGGCACCGAAGCUUGGGCCAUUUUGUGGGCUCUCAAAUGGCUUGUCUGAAGGACGAUUAUAUCUAUUACGAAACACAGAGCGAAAUAUUGAACAUCAUGACCAGGGGCAUCUUGCGGCAACUAGCAUCGGACAAGAGAAACAGCACCAAAGCCGACCAAGAAAGUGGUAAGGAAAAGUAA